AUGUCUUUUUUUAAUCGAUCAAAUACAACCUCAACUUUAGGAACGAGUACCGCAAUGGCAAAUGAAAAAGAUUUAGCCAAUGACAUCGUCAUUAAUAGCCCAGCGGAGGACUCUAUAUCAGAUAUUGCGUUUUCACCGCAACAAGAUCUCAUGUUUAGCGUCAGUUCCUGGGAUGGUAAGGUGCGUAUUUGGGAUGUCCAAAAUGGUGUACCUCAAGGUAGGGCACAACAUGAAAGUUCCAGCCCCGUAUUAUGUACGAGAUGGUCGAAUGAUGGUACAAAAGUAGCUUCAGGCGGUUGUGAUAACGCUCUGAAAUUGUACGAUGUUGCAAGUGGUCAAUCACAGCAGAUUGGGAUGCAUUCUGCACCAAUAAAGGUAUUACGGUUUGUUCAAUGUGGACCAUCGAACACAGAGUGUAUAGUAACAGGAUCCUGGGAUAAAACUAUAAAAUAUUGGGAUAUGAGGCAACCCCAGCCGGUGUCUACAGUCAUGAUGCCUGAAAGAGUGUAUUCCAUGGAUAGUAGACAAUCUCUGUUAGUGGUAGCUACUGCAGAAAGACAUAUCGCUAUUAUCAAUCUAGCAAACCCAACAACGAUUUUUAAGGCAACCACAUCGCCUUUAAAGUGGCAAACACGAUGUGUGGCAUGUUAUAAUGAAGCAGAUGGAUAUGCGAUUGGUUCAGUGGAAGGCAGAUGCUCCAUAAGGUAUAUCGAUGAUAGUAUGCAGAAAAAGUCAGGUUUUUCAUUCAAAUGCCAUCGUCAAACCAACCCUAAUAGGGCACCUGGCUCUAACGGUCAAUCUCUAGUGUACCCUGUAAAUAGUAUAGCAUUUCACCCAUUGUAUGGCACUUUUGUUACGGCCGGUGGCGAUGGCACAUUCAAUUUCUGGGAUAAGAAUCAAAGGCAUAGAUUGAAAGGCUAUCCUACUUUGCAAGCAUCCAUUCCCGUGUGUAACUUCAAUAGGAAUGGUAGUGUAUUUGCGUACGCUCUAAGUUAUGAUUGGCAUCAAGGUCAUAUGGGUAACAGACCAGAUUAUCCAAACGUCAUUAGACUACAUGCAACAAGCGAUGAAGAAGUUAAAGAGAAAAAGAAAAGGUGA